AUGGCGACGACUGAUACUCUCCCUGCUCCUCAAGAGCGCCAGGCUCACCGCCGAAGGCCCUUCUCGAACUGGGUGAAGAAGCUAGCCAAUUUCAAAUCCUCAUCGGAUGGGGACCGCCCGCGCCGCAAUGGCAAGAAGAAGCACGGCACCAAGCUCAACAACCCUUAUCCCGAGUCCGGCAGGGUUGGCGUCGAACAUACGGCCGAAGGGAGUGCCGCGUCCCUCUCGACCCCUCAGACUGGAAGUCACAUCACUCUGGAACAGACAAACGACAGCGCCUAUCAUACCGAACGGAGAACGGUCGGCGGCAGGAGUGUCGCGGGGACUGUGUCCACCGAACACGAGGGCUCUACAACUGCGCCCAGUCAUGGGGCAAGCUCCGUGGCAGGCACCAGCCGGACUGUUGGAGGAGGAGUAGACUCUCGAAGAGGCGGUGACAGCACCUUUUCCAGCCCGGCUCCCUCUGUGAGAUCCUUGACGACCACGUUGACAACCAUUCAAUCUACUUUGGUGCCCAACGGAGCUCAUCACGGGACGGACGCCUUGGCCAACAACGUACAAUCGGUUCAGUUCAGCCAACCAUUCCCAACCAACUCGCCCGCAUCCGCAAUCCCGGCCCACCUCGCACCAACCGGCAUGCCCAACACAUACACGGCAGCAACUGCCAACGGGCUGCUGACCGACAAUGCAUCCAUCCUGACUCUCGCGUCAUCUAGCAAGAGGCGCCGUCGUCGAUCGAUGGAUACCGAUGCGUCUGUCCGAGCCCUUGCACCGUCUUCAGUCUGGGGAGGUAGUCGGGAGAGCCUGCCACUUAGCGUUCUCAGUGCCAACAUCGAGUCUGGAACCACCCCAGGCCUGCAAGCGAGCGGCUCGCGCUUGGGUGCUGAGCGCAGCAGCAUCUACUCUGCCGUAGCUGGCGAUAGGAACAGCUUCUACGCAAAGCAAGGCGAUGCAGCCAGUGUCAGAAGCGCUCGCCCAAGCCAUGUUCGAACCGACAGUGUCACUACGCCAGGAGGUACUACCUCGUUGAACAGCCCCCUGGUCAGCCAGCUCCCCAACGAGAAGUUUGACGAGAACGAGAAGGAGGAGGUCGGCGGACCUUCCCCCAAGGAAAACAAAGCUACGACGCCUUAA